AUGGCGGGGGUGAGCGCGGGGCUGGGCCAGGCCUGGCCAGCUCCUCGGCGCCCGGGCUCGCCUCAGGGGAGGGUGGGCUUGAGCCGCCUGCUGAGGCUGCUUGCGCGGAGCUCGGCCGCCCAGCUCCAGAGGUUUAUCUGUUACUGGGUGAAUGAAUCUUGGAGGUGCUAUUACCUGGGUCAUGCUGGGGUCCCUCCUGCUGCCCUGCAGCAAGGCAAGCUGGAGAACAGGUGCCUUUCUGCUUGGGAGUACAAAUCUCUCCUCCCAUUGCCCCCGAGGGAGCUCGGUACUUCACAUCAAGGUGGCUAUUCCCACGACGCCGUGGUCCAUGCAUUACAAAACUGUGGCAUUCGUCAUAUUGACACAGCAAAAAGAUACGGCUGUGAAUCUCUCCUCCAGAAAGCCAUUGAAGAGAGUGGCAUGAAGCGAGAGGACCUCUGGAUAACUACCAAACUGUGGCAUAGUGAUUAUGGCUAUGAAAACACCAAAAAUGCCUGCUUGGAGUCAUGCGCAAGACUUGGUGUUGAAUAUCUUGAUCUUUAUUUAAUACACUGGCCUGAUGCACAUGUUCCGGGUAAAAGCAAUCGAGAGGUCCGAGCUGAAACCUGGAGAGCAAUGGAGGAGCUCUAUGAGAAAGGUGAUAUAAUAGUGAAAACCUGUCUUGGCAGAAGGAAUUACAGUGUGUUUUGGGAUCUGGGGAAUUCAUUGUGA